CUUUAUCUGCACAGCACUCACCACCACAAUGUCCUCAACAGACCCGCCAAAGAGCAACUCCUCUCGGAAACGGCAUCUGGACAAUGACUCUACUUCCUCCCGCGCAAAGGCAUUCAAGACCGCAAACGCGCGCACAAUCAUCUCCGAGAACAUCAACAACCAUCUCGUCAAUGGAAGACUCAACGUCGUUAACUUUGUAGAGUCGCGGCAGUACGAAAUCAAUCAACUAACAUCCGCAAUCGCCAAAUCAAAGAAACAACAAAAACAGCAGGCCUUCCAAUCCGUGCCCAACUUCCUCCGCCGCCGCGCCGCCUCCCACCACGUCAAACGUCUGCCCAAACGCCUCCACGCCCGUGCCCGCGCAGAACUCGAGUCCGCGUCCGAACCACAGAAACCAAAAUCCCGCCGACACCCAAGCAAGUUCUACAUCCGCCGCGCGACCGCGCUCAAGCUCGCGCGGAUCUACAAAUCAACCCGCAAACCAGUCCGGAUCCGUCGUCGCCGCGACCGUGCAUCAGUCGGGACAAACACGUUCGCGAGCACUAGGCCGGUUGCGGAUCUCAAGUUCAAGCGCCGGCAGAAGAACAAGACAUGGCUGCCCACCCAUCUCUGGCACGCCAAACGCGCGCACAUGGUGACAAAGUACGGGUUUUCGAUUCCGGCGCAUCCGAACGACAAGUGCUUCCGCACAAUCUACCGCAAAGCCGAGUCCAGCACGGCCGGCGGCGGCGUCGUCUUUGACUCGAGCUACUAUUCGACGCUCGUGCUGGCUGGCGGCACCGACUCUAUCCAAAAGCUCCUGUAUUUUCUGACCGGAGACAAUACGACUUGUCAUAGGUUAGGCUACACAUACGAAGGACCGAUCUAUGCACAAGCGCCCACCGAGGACGAUAAGUUUGAGAAUUUUAAGCAUGAUACAUCUCUGGCGGCAGACCACCUGCUCGGAUACGCACACAUGACUAGCUACAGUCUGGUCGAGGACAGGCUUCAGUCGAGUUUCGCCGUCUUGCGCGUGCACCCAGCCAUAUUCACCAGGGUCUGGACGUUUCUGCUCGCGUGCGUGCACGACCACGACAAGUGGGUGCCGAAAAAGAAUGCCUCCAAGACCUAUCCCGGAAAAAAGCCAGAGAAGAUUGAACUGCGCGAUUACAGGUUCGCCGUCGGCUCGAUCGAUUUGUUUGGCCGGGACAGUCUGCAGCUGCUAAAGUACGUCCUGCGCACCCCGCACGACUACAACAAAGAUGUCGUGAAAGCGGUUGAGGCCAUGAUCCGCACAGGCGAUCCCCGCCGUCUGCCGUUCCGCAGCUACAUCGCCUUCGACGUCCUCGACCCGCGCACGUGGUUCACGCCCGCAAGUGUCGCGAAAGGCAGCCACAGCGACCCAGCACAAGGCAGCGAAGAAAAGUACGAGUAUGCGGCGGAGUACAUGGAACAACUGCCGCUUGAUCUUUUCACAGAUGUAUUCCGUAUCGAUGUUGUCUCGGAUACGGCCAGCAAGCUGUUUAAUUUUGCCGAUGGCAAGCGGUUUCUGCAUGCGCCGGUCGAGCACAGGCGAGUUGCGCGGGCGCGCGCGUUUGAGCAGGACAGGCGGGAUAAACAUCCUGAUUCGGAAUUAGAGGUGAUUGCGAAAUAUAGCCGAAAGCCCGUGAUCUAUGUCCAGAGCUAUAACGACCGCGGCGACGUUCACAAGUGGGAGCAGAAGAAGGCGAAGACAGCUGGUGAGCCAGGGAAAGAGCAAGUGCCGGAAGAGCAGGCCACGAUCCCGCUUCUUCUGCACAGCCGCGCCGACGGCGGGGUGACGCUGCUGAUGCCGUGGAACUGGGUCGAUGUGUUUUUCAAAGAGCUCGUGCGGCCUGCGCAGACGAUGUUUGGCGGGCUGGAUCAGAUGAAGCAGAUCAUGCACGAGCGAGGGCGGCCGUUCUUCCCUGAUGAUUUCCCGGGCACGCCAGAAGGUCGCGCGGCGGAGGCCGAGUACGCUGCGGAGCGCGAGCGCGUGUGGAAGGCGAAGCCGAGGAGUAAGAGGAUCAAGUACAGCAGUUUGAAGUUGAAGAACGGGGACAAGAAGGGCGAGAUUGGCAACCCGUUUGCGUGCGACUGGGGAUAUCUGAUGAACAUGUGCGCUACGAGCUCGGAAGAUAUACCGUGGAGGAUGGUCGAGCCGGUGCUAAUGAGGAAGCUGAUAAGGAAAGGCGAGGCGCCUGAAGAUAAGUUUUCGCGCGCGCUGCUUACGGUGAGGGUGGUGAUGGUCGGGCGCGGGACGCCGGGGGCGACGGCGCGGGUGUAUGCGAUUCCACCGCACGAGCGGGAGAAGUGGAUGCGGUUUAAGAUUGAUAGGAAGUAUCAGCCAAAGGCGGAGGAUUACCCUCCAUGCCCGCGACAUCAGUUUCUACUCGGGUUCUUGACGAGCGGCGGGUUUGAUCUAAAGCAAGGCAAGGGCACGGGGAUAGGCAGUUUCUCGUUUGCGCACACCGAGCGCUAUUUCGAAAUCAACAAAAAAAAUGGCUUGUACCGAGACCGGUACUGUCUCGUGCGCGAAGUCGGCGAGCGACAGGCGCGGCUGGCGGUGUGGAGCGUGGCAUCCGACCAACGGCUGGCGCGUCCGCCCGAUGGUAGACUCGGUGCUUGGGAUGACUGAUGAUGAUGAUUAGAGAGAGAGAGAGAGAGAGAGAGGCAGGAAAAAGAAAGAGGAAGAUCCCCCUUAUGUCGCUUAAGAUUAGCAUUCAUCUCUCUCUGAGAUUCCCGUUCCCGUUAGCUUCGUACACCGGUGCAGAUUCGCUAAAAACUAUAAAUCACACACUCGUCUUUCUUCCCCACUUAAUCAAUCACAGACGUUCUUCUUCCUUCGCGUAGCCCCGCCACUUUGCCGUUGUCUUUUGUCUUUUGUCUUUUGUCUUUUGCUCUUUGUCUUUUUGUGUUUCUUCGUUUCAUUUCGCAUUCCACGAGUCACAUCCGCUCACGGCGUUGCUUUGUCUUUCUUUUUUGUUUUGUUUCGCAUAUUAUUUCCGUUGAUUUGCGGCCGCUGUGUUGGUGCUGUUGAUGCAGUAGUGCCGAAGUGCCGAAGUGCUGUAUUUGAGUGAAGUAUUGACUGAAUGCUGACGUAGAGUAGAGUAGAGUAGAGUAGAGUA